UCGGUUCCCGCUAUUUCCCGAUCUCUAUAUUCGCCCUCGGACUUUGUUCACCUUUCCUUUUCGUCUCCAGACGGUAGUAUCUCCCCGGCGAACCGUCUCUCUCGCCGGCGAUCGCUCCCGAUAGGAUCUGAUAUUGAUUUUGAGAAGGAAUCGAUUCUAGGGUUUCGUGAAGAUGCCGGCCACCGCAGGAAGAGUCCGCAUGCCGGCGAACAAUCGCGUCCACAGCAGCGCGGCGCUUCAGACUCACGGGAUAUGGCAGAGCGCGAUCCGUUACGAUCCCUACGCGCCGACGAGCAAGGAGGAGCCGAAGACGACUCAGGAGAAGUCCGAUGACCCUGAGAACUCCUACAAUAGCUUCCAAGGUCUUCUGGCUCUUGCUCGUAUCACCUGCUCCAACAACGACGAGGCUCGUGGCUCUUGCAAGAAGUGCGGCCGCGUGGGGCACUUGACGUAUCAGUGUAGGAACUUCUUGAGCGCCAAGGAGGAUAAGGAGAGGGAUGGGGGUGAGGUUGAAGCUGCUGUUGCGGCGGGGCUGGAGAAGGUCAGGAGAUGUGUUGGUAAGGGGGAGGUUGAGGAUGUGAGUAGUGAGGAGGAGGAGGAGAGUGAGAGUGAGGAUUCUGAUGUUGAUUCUGAGAUUGAGAAGAUUAUUGCUGAGAGGUAUGGGAAGAAGAAGAAGGGGAGUAGUACUAGUGUUAAGAAGAAGAAGAAGCGGGACGAGUCUGAGUCUGAUUCGGGAGGUGGGAAGAGAGUGAGGAGGUUGAAGAAGCGGAGGACGCAUAAGAGGAGGAGUGGGAGUGAGUCUGAGGACGAGGGAAAAGGAAGGAGUAAGAGGAGGGGGAGGAAGAGAGGUGAUGAUUCUAAUGAGUCUUCUGAUGAAGAUGAUGAUCGGAGACGGGUUAAGAGAAAGAGUAGAAGGGAGAAGAGGAGAAGGAGAAGCAGGCGUAGUGGUUCUGAUGAUUCUGAUUCAUCUGAGGAUGAUGGAAGAGGUAGAAGGCAGAAGCGUAGGAGCAAACUGGCGGCUUCUUCUGACUCCGAUGUUUCUGGUGAUGACAGAACACGCGUUGGAAGGGGUUCCUCUAAGCGGUCUGAUGAGAAGAAGAGCAGGAAACGUCAUCGCAGGAGGAAAGACUGAAGUAAAAGAUCGAUCAUGUUCUGCCAUUUCACAUGCCUCUCUUCCAUCUCUCUCUCUCGUAUGUACAAUGUUUAAUAAUGAAACCUGCCUCUGGGAUUUGAUUUUUGUUGGGACUCAUGUGGUCUGCUCGUUUUAAGAAUGUAUUAUUGAGAUACUCCUGUUAAUUGUGUGCGAGUCUUUUGACUCUUUACUGCUUCAGAGAUCUAUAUAAUAUUUGAUUA